CUCCCGGGAUCAAGUAAAACCAGGGUUUUUUUAGUAGUUGGCUACUUAAUCGGUUAAUUCGCCGAGAACAGCAAUUCGAUUAAACCCCGACCCGAACGGGCUUUUGAGCUCUUGGGCUGAAAAUCUCCCGUCCCAUUUCUGUCACUUUCCCACCUCCGCCUCCAUCGCUGAAACCUUUCUUCUUCAACUUCAGACCAGCUGCUUCACAGUUAGAUCUUAAACCCAACCUUAAACCCUUUCCGCCUUAAUCCUCGGGAAACCCCUUGAUUUUGUCUGUCUACUUCGUAGCUGCGAAACAGUUAAAGCAGGAAUGGCUUUCUGCAGAAGCGCCAAGCGUCCGCUUCAGAUGAUGAUGCAGAAGGGAAGCUGUUCUUCUGCUAUGGAAUCCAGCUUCCGAACGGUUCUCCGGCGGUUCAGCGUUCAGUCUCCGGCAUCGGGGGAGCAGAUGAGUCUUAUCAAGCAACUGAGAGAGCGGACCAGUGCUCCGAUCAAGGACGUCAAGGCCUCCCUUGUUGAGUGUAACUGGGACAUUGAGGCGGCGCAGAAGGAUUUGAGGAAAAGAGGGAUAGUUCUGGCGUCGAAGAAGUCUGGUCGAGCUGCGACUGAAGGCUUGCUCGCUUUGGCUCAGAGUGAAGGGAAGGCUGCAAUCAUCGAGCUUAAUUGUGAGACUGACUUUGUUUCCAGAAACGAGAUAUUUCAGCACUUGGCUUUAUCUCUAGCAAAGCAAGCUCUCCUGGUAGAGAAUGGUUCUCAGCAGUCUUCAGGGGUACUGUCUGUCGGACCUGAAUCGUUGGAGGAACUGAAGUUGAAUCUUGAACAUCCUAAGAUAAGUGGAGAAACUACAGUUCAUAACGCAAUUACUGAGGUAGCUGCAAUGAUGGGUGAGAAUGUGAAACUUAGAAGAGGCUUUGUGAUGUCUACUUCUGGUGUUCUUUCCACCUACCUCCAUACAAGUCCUCAACCAGGUUUGGGUCGUAUUGCUGGACUAUUGUCUCUUGAAACUGAGGAUGGAAGUUCUCACUUGGAUGAUCUUCAGCGUGUUGGGUCGGAGCUGGCAAUGCACGUGGUUGCUGCAAAGCCGCUGUUCUUAACCAAGGAGCUAGUUUCUUCUGAGGCAUUGGAGAGUGAGCGUGAGAUUCUAAAAUCUCAGGCAGAAAGUACAGGGAAAUCACAGAUGGCCAUAGAGAAAAUGGUUGAAGGCCGCAUGCGUAAAUAUUAUGAGGAAGUUGUCCUUACGGAGCAGAAGUUUAUUGUCAAUGAUUCUCUAACCGUUAAGACUCUGUUGAGCAAUUUGUCCAAGGAAGUGGGUUCACCAGUGAAGAUAGAGAACUUUUUCAGGAUGGAAGUUGGAGAAGGAAUUCAAAGGCUCGAUUCAUCUGCAGAUGAACCAGUGGCUCAUGCUGCGUGAUUAGAGUGCCCCCAUCACUUUAGUUUGUUAGGGGAAGAGCUCUACAGUUGAAGACCUAUUUCUCUUUGUUAGCUAAUGAGUUAUAAUAGUCUCCUUUCUUUACAGUUAGACAAACUUGGAGAAUGGAAGCAAUUUUGUACAAUUUUCGAUACAUUUGUCAGCAAGGAUUGACAAAAGAACUCUCUUUGAUUCUCAGAGAUGACUUUUGCCGAACCUGGGAUCAUUCAAUAAAUAGUUCUCUCUCUGACUCUCAUAUACUUGACUUUGUGCCGAGUUGGUCAAGGUGACCCCACCUUUUCCUUCUAUCAAUUGCCAUUGUAGAAGCUGCAGGUUUUUAGUUAGCCUUGGGAGUGGCAGAGCCGUCUACGGUUGCCAUCCUACUAUUCGCAGAGGAGGUGAUGAAAGAUGCCUCACAUCGUAAAGCAGCACAGUUAGGCAGGCACGAAGACACUGGCAAUUAACAGGUUCUAUCUUAAUCCUUAACAACCACCAAGUCUUACAGAAAAUUAUAGUAGCAGUUCAUUCUUUUCACAACAUGGUUACAAAGGGAAUAGGGAAUCAAAUGCUUAAGGCCAAAAGGGGUUUCAUUCUAGUGGAACUUGAGGCUAGUCAAUAUAUUGUUGUUGACAGGAUCAGCCAAGUGGUCAAGCAGAUUCUGGUACGGUCCAACACCAGUCACAAGACCCUGUAUAAAGUAACCCAAGACGGCCAACAUGGCCAACCUGCCAUUCUUCACCUCCUUCAGCUUCAACUCCUUCAUCGACUUCUCAUCUUUCCCGAACCCUAGAGGGUUGAAGAUAGGUCCUCCAGGGUAAGCAGGGUCGCCCGAGCCACCCAAAAACUUCUCGAAUCCCAAGAAGUACUGCUUCCCCAUCGAUCCAGGAUUAUACCAGUCCUGGAGUCUCCUGUGCUCGGCAAACCCCAUCAGGGCCAUCUCCAGAACAAAGAGAGUGUAUGGGUCUGCCCAGUAGCUGUAUGUUCCGGCUGGUGGGAUGACCCCAGUUUGGAACCAUGGGAGGGCCGUCUCGGCUGGGAUCAGGCCGGCUUUGCCCAAAAUUUCGGGGGCAAUGGCACCUGCAGCUCCCAACAUGGCGAAUCGUCCGUUGAUGAUCUCACCAUAGGCUAGCCAUUUCGGCUCGAUGAAGCCUCCAGUUCCCUCAGGGUCCGAGAGACCGAGUGGGUCAAAUCCGAAGUCACCUGGGAGGCUGCAGGGCAUGACACAGAACAUUUCCCAGGUUAGUGAAUAUUGGUCACCAUCUCAGUUUAUAGUAUGAUUAAAUAAAUUGGUACAAGGAUGAUCUUACCUUCCAUCAAGGUAAGAGAGACUCUGUUUCGAUGCAAACCAUAGUUGUCUGUCAGCUCCUUGCUGAUAACCAAACAUAAGAAUCUCGUUAGGAAGAACACCCCGCUACCCACAAACCGAAGCUGAUUAGCCAGUUCCUAGCUUAAAACAUGUUUUAGAAUUAUGUUUCUUUGUACUUAGUUUGGUUGAUGUUGUCUAGUUUAAUCUAGUUUUAAACUUGUAAUUUCAGGGGAAAGACUGACUGACCUUGACAGGGGGAGUAGAAGCCGCCCUUACAACAAAGGAUCCUUUCCUUGAGGACCCAAAUGAAGGCUGGCUAGACCUUGAUCCCAGGAUUUGCCUGGCACUCUCCACCGAAGAAGUGAGGGAGGAUGACACCAGAGCCUGUGCCGCCAUUGCUGCCCUUUCAGAGGUGUACUAGUAUAGCAGGAAGUUGUGUGUUCCCCCUGAGAAAGAAGAAAGGAGAGAAUUUGAGGACGAGGGGGAAUAACUAAGCUUGGCUGGACAAAGCUGAAACAUCCACUACUUAGUGGCAUGAAGUCUUGGCUGGAAUCAAGAGAUGGCCCACCUCCUCUUUCAAGAUUAGGUUAGGAUCUGGGUAUCCAACAAGAGUUGAACAGGUGGAUUGGUUGCCAGGAUAAUUGGAUAUUGUCAGCAUAGUCUGAUUCGCAACAGAAGCUCCUUUGACACAUGGCUUUCUCUCAGCCAUUCUAAUUCACUGUGUUGCCACCCUCAGCUCGAAGAAAAAUCUCCUCCAGAUUGCCAAUAUCUAUACCUGGCCGUUGGGAAAAUACAGAACUGGGUAAUAGCUGGUUUUAAGACCUUGCCCGUUUUAAAGUUGUAUUUUCAUUUUUUGUAGCAAUUAGGCAAAAUCAUAGUCUACUGGUCGAUCAUCGUUUGAUUUCAAUAAUGC